AUGGCACCACCUAUGGCGGGAUCGAUCACUACAGGGGUAGGGAAUAAAAGUUGUGACGAACAAAGUCUGAAGCGGUACUACAAAACAAAAAUCGAAGAUAUGCAACAAAGAGUCGCAGAAAAGACACAGAAUCUACGACGGUUACAUGCUCAAAGAAAUGAAUUGAACACAAAGGUUCGCAUGUUAAAAGAGGAAUUACAGCAACUGCAUGAACAAGGGUCAUAUGUCGGAGAAGUGUCGAAAGCAAUGGAUAAAAAAAAGGUGCUGGUCAAGGUUCAUCCAGAGGGAAAAUAUGUUGUUGAUUUGGACAAAGGUAUUGACAUAACUACUGUUACACCAGGAUCUCGUGUUGCAUUGAGAGCUGAUAGCUAUGCAUUACAUAAAGUGCUUCCGAACAAGGCAAGUGAUUCGGAAGUUCAGCGCACAAUGCUAGAAUUGUUGAACCAACUUGAUGGUUUUGAAGCUACAAAGAAUAUCAAAGUGAUUAUGGCAACAAAUCGUAUCGACAUUCUUGACCCUGCACUGUUAAGACCAGGAAGGAUCGAUAGAAAAAUCGAAUUUCCUGCACCAGAUGAAAAAGCUCGUGCAGAUAUUUUAAAGAUUCAUUCCCGUAAAAUGAAUCUCAUGCGUGGUAUUAAUAUGAAGAAGAUUGCAGAAGCUAUACCAGGUGCAAGUGGAGCUGAAGUGAAAGCAGUUUGUACUGAGGCAGGUAUGUUUGCUCUACGGGAACGCCGUAUUCAUGUAACUCAAGAAGAUUUUGAAAUGGCUGUUGGUAAAGUAAUGCAGAAGGAUUCAGAUAAGAAUAUGUCACUAAAGAAGCUUUGGAAGUGA